UUUCACUUUUCUUAAUUCUUGAACUCACUUGCAUUUUGAUCAUAUAUUUACUUAAAAAAGUUUCUCUGAUUUCACUUUUACCAAUUCAGUUGGAAAUUGUCACAUGGUUAAAUUGUUACGGGUAUUAUCUUAUUAUUUUUUAUUCAAGUCAUUAAUUUGUUGGUGGGAAUCAAGAUUAGUGCGACUCUGCUUUUCAUAUAUAUAUAUAUAUAUAUAUAAAUAUAUAUAUAUUUUAAAUUAUUCAUUUAAUUUAGCUCCUAAGGUUCAAUGGAGUUUCUGUGAUUUGAUAAAUUGCUAACAGCCAUGUGCAGUUUCUCCAUGGUUUAAAUCACGUAAAUUUAGAGGACAUGGCAAGGUUAUUAAGAUUAGUGGAAGAAAGAGCAUACAUUAGAAAGAUAGAGGAAGGAAAACGAAAGCAACACGAGACUGAUCUAGUUCCUUACCUUCAUGAUGAUUGUGUGUCAAAUAUCCUUGUACGUCUUCCUCUUGACUCUAUUCAAAGGUCAAGGUUUGUUUGUAAGCCUUGGUAUAAUAUAAUUGAUAAUGCCAAAUUCAUUGCUGCCCAUCUUCGCCGUGCUGAAUCUGUUUUGAUUUUUGUAUCCUCACCUCGAACAGAAACAACCAUGGUUCCCAUACUUUCUGAGAAGCCAAAUGUUGUUUCAGUUGAAGCAAGACUUAAUCAGUCUAAUUCUGCCUUUUUUUUGGAGCAACCAUUGGUUAAUGCAGCUUCAAAGUUUUCUGUCCAGUUCAUAGAAUUUAAAGAUGGAAAGAGUCAGAUAAGAGAAUACAAUAUAAGUUGUUUAGGCAAGAUUAGAGCUACCUGCAAUGGUCUAAUUUUACUUGAUAAUAAAAUGAAGAAGGGAGGACUGAUACUCAUGAAUCCAGUGACUAGAAAGAUGAUGCCUCUUCCUCUUGGCACUCUUUUUCCUCAACAUAAUGAAUCUUAUGGUUUUUCCUUAAGCAGUGUUACUGGUGACUACAAAGUUGUGCACUUGUUUAGAGAUCAACUGGGGUACAUCAAUUGUGAGAUUCUGGUCAUUGGAAAGAGAUCAUGGAGAGAGGUUGAUGGUCCUUCAUUUGGACUCAUUCGUUGGUUUGGAUAUAAUCCGGUAUUUGCAAUUGGAGCUUUACAUUGGAUUCCUCAAAUUGACCACAAUGACUAUGUAGUCUCCUUGGAAUUGGAAGAAGACAAGUUUCACCAAAUAACUCUACCAAAAACUUGCAGAACUUAUGAUCGUAUUGUUGAGGUGAGUGGCUUCUUAGGUUUUGUAACACAUGAUGAAGUUAAUCAAAUAGAUGUGUGGAUCUUGAAAGGCUUAUUCGGUGAUGUGUGGAUAAAGCAACAUAGUAUAACUAUAGGUUGCAUUUUAGAUAUGGUUCCCCUUUUUAGUUUAAGAAUCAAAGGAGAAAUGGUUUUCAAGAGAGAUGAAGAUGGCUCAUUUUAUGUUUAUAACUUCCAACUCCAAGAGAUGACGAAGGUUGAGGCAGUAAAUGGAUGUGUCCCUUUCUCUGCUUCCUACCUACCUCAUGUCAACAGUCUUGUCUCUUGGUGUAGCACUAAUGGAACACAAGACAUGUGAGAUUUGGUGUCAUGCUUCCUGGCGUGGUAAGAAAAUGUUUCUGAACUGUCGUGAUAUGUAAAUAGUAGAUUAGUAGUCUAUAUACUCAGUUGGGAUUUCACUCUUUUCUAUUUUUCUUGUAUGCCUUUUCGUAUCUUCCCUGCUUUUCUAUCUCAUGGUGUGUAUGUAAAUAGUUAAUAUAUGAAUACAUAUGUCACUGCUCAGUCGGGAACUAGCAGUGGUUGAUAGUUAUUUUAUUAUAGUUUUGUUUGAAGUGUUGACAGAGAAAAAGUGUCCUUAAAUUAAAGGAAACCAGGUUCAAGGAUGAAGUGUUAUGGAAUGUAAACCAUCAUCUGUGUCUUAGCUGCCUUGUGUCAA